AAUAUCGAUAUAGCAAUGGAGAGUGAUCAGAAUGAGGGUGAACUGGAGCAACAACUGCUGCAAGCGAAUCCCAUACUGGAGGCCUUUGGCAAUGCCAAGACCGUCAAGAACGAUAAUUCAUCGCGUUUCGGCAAAUUCAUACGGAUCAAUUUCGAUGCCUCUGGUUUCAUCUCGGGCGCCAACAUCGAGACGUACCUGCUGGAGAAGUCGCGGGCCAUCCGCCAAGCCAAGGACGAACGUACAUUCCACAUCUUCUAUCAGUUGCUGGCGGGCGCCUCGCCGGAGCAGCGCGAGAAGUUCAUACUCGAUGAUGUCAAGUCGUAUGCAUUCCUGUCGAACGGCAGCCUGCCAGUGCCCGGUGUGGAUGACUAUGCCGAGUUCCAGGCCACCGUCAAGUCGAUGAACAUCAUGGGCAUGACCUCGGAGGACUUCAACUUGAUAUUCCGUAUCGUGAGCGCCGUCCUGCUGUUCGGAAGCAUGAAGUUCCGGCAGGAGCGCAACAACGACCAGGCCACGCUACCCGACAACACAGUGGCCCAGAAGAUUGCCCAUUUGCUCGGCCUGAGUGUGACGGACAUGUCGCGGGCCUUCCUCACGCCGCGCAUCAAGGUGGGCCGCGACUUUGUCACCAAGGCCCAGACCAAGGAGCAGGUGGAGUUCGCUGUGGAGGCCAUUGCCAAGGCCUGCUACGAGCGGAUGUUCAAGUGGCUGGUGAAUCGCAUCAAUCGGUCGCUGGACCGCACCAAGCGGCAGGGGGCCUCCUUCAUCGGCAUCCUCGACAUGGCUGGCUUCGAGAUUUUCGAGCUCAACUCGUUCGAGCAGCUGUGCAUCAACUACACGAACGAGAAGUUGCAGCAGCUCUUCAACCACACCAUGUUCAUCCUGGAGCAGGAGGAGUACCAGCGCGAGGGCAUCGAGUGGAAGUUCAUUGAUUUUGGGCUCGAUCUGCAGCCCACCAUUGACCUGAUCGACAAACCGGGCGGCAUCAUGGCCCUGCUCGACGAGGAGUGCUGGUUCCCCAAGGCCACCGACAAGACGUUUGUCGACAAGCUCGUCUCGGCCCACUCGAUGCAUCCGAAGUUCAUGAAGACCGACUUCCGGGGCGUGGCCGAUUUUGCCAUCGUCCACUAUGCCCGACGGGUGGACUACUCGGCGACCAAGUGGCUGAUGAAGAACAUGGAUCCGCUGAACGAGAACAUUGUGUCGCUGCUGCAGGGCUCGCAGGAUCCGUUUGUGGUGAACAUCUGGAAGGAUGCGGAGAUCGUUGGCAUGGCACAGCAGGCCCUGACCGACACCACGUUCGGGGCACGCACCCGCAAGGGCAUGUUCCGCACCGUGUCCCACCUAUACAAGGAGCAGCUGGCGAAGCUGAUGGACACGCUGCGCAACACGAAUCCCAAUUUUGUGCGCUGUAUCAUACCGAACCACGAGAAGCGGGCCGGCAAGAUCGAUGCCCCCCUGGUGCUCGACCAGUUGCGUUGCAACGGCGUCCUCGAGGGCAUACGCAUCUGUCGCCAAGGCUUCCCCAAUCGCAUACCCUUCCAGGAGUUCCGCCAGCGGUACGAGCUGCUCACUCCGAACGUCAUCGCCAAGGGCUUCAUGGACGGCAAGAAGGCCUGCGAGAGGAUGAUCCAGGCGCUGGAACUCGACUCGAAUCUGUAUCGAGUCGGUCAGUCGAAGAUCUUCUUCCGCGCGGGCGUCCUCGCCCAUCUCGAGGAGGAGCGUGACUUCAAGAUCUCCGACCUAAUCGUGAACUUCCAGGCGUUCUGUCGCGGCUUCCUCGCCCGCCGCAACUACCAGAAGCGGCUCCAGCAGCUGAAUGCCAUCCGGAUCAUUCAGCGCAACUGCGCCGCCUACCUCAAGCUCCGCAACUGGCAGUGGUGGCGCCUCUACACGAAGGUUAAGCCCCUGCUGGAGGUCACCAAGCAGGAGGAGAAGCUCGUCCAGAAAGAGGAUGAGCUGAAGCAGGUGCGCGAGAAGCUCGACACGCUGGCCAAGAACACCCAGGAGUACGAGCGCAAGUACCAGCAGGCGCUGGUGGAGAAAACCAGGCUCGCCGAACAUCUGCAGGCCGAGACUGAGCUGUGCGACGAGGCGGAGGAGUCGCGCUCGCGUCUGAUGGCUCGCAAACAGGAGCUGGAGGACAUGAUGCAGGAGCUGGAGACGCGCGUCGAGGAGGAGGAGGAGCGUGUAUUGGCCCUGGGCGGUGAGAAGAAAAAGCUGGAGCUGCACAUCCAGGACCUCGAGGAGCAGCUGGAGGAGGAGGAGGCCGCGCGCCAGAAGCUGCAGCUGGAGAAGGUCCAGUUGGACGGGAAGAUCAAGAAGCACGAGGAGGAUCUCGCCCUCACCGACGACCAGAACCAAAAGCUGCUCAAGGAGAAGAAGCUGCUCGAAGAGCGGGCCAACGAUCUCUCCCAGACGCUCGCCGAGGAGGAGGAGAAGGCCAAGCACCUGGCCAAACUGAAGGCCAAGCACGAGGCCACCAUCGCCGAGCUCGAGGAGCGCAUGCACAAGGAUCAGCAGCAGCGCCAGGAGACGGACCGCACCAAGCGAAAGGUGGAAACCGAGGUGGCGGACCUUAGGGAGCAGCUGAAUGAGCGACGCACCCAAGUGGAGGAGAUGCAGGCGCAGCUGUUGAAGCGCGAGGAGGAGCUCACCCAGACCCUGAUGCGCAUUGACGAGGAGUCCGCCACCAAGGCCACCGCCCAGAAGGCCCAACGUGAACUCGAAUCGCAGCUCGCCGAGAUCCAGGAGGAUCUCGAGGCCGAGAAGGCGGCCCGCGCCAAGGCCGAGAAGGUGCGACGCGACCUCAGCGAGGAGCUCGAAGCACUCAAGAACGAGCUUCUCGACUCCCUGGACACCACGGCCGCCCAACAAGAGCUGCGCUCCAAGCGCGAACAGGAGCUGGCCACGCUGAAGAAGUCGCUGGAGGAAGAGGGUGUGAACCACGAGGGCGUCCUGGCCGACAUGCGGCACAAGCACUCGCAGGAGCUGAACGGCAUCAACGAUCAGUUGGAGAACCUGCGCAAGGCCAAGUCCGUUCUGGAGAAGGCCAAGGGUACGCUGGAGGCGGAGAACGCCGAUCUGGCCACCGAAUUGCGCAGCGUCAACAGCUCCCGGCAGGAGAACGAUCGACGACGCAAGCAGGCCGAAUCCCAAAUCGCAGAGCUUCAGGUGAAAUUGGCCGAGAUCGAACGCGCACGAUCGGAAUUGCAGGAGAAGUGCACAAAGCUGCAGCAGGAGGCGGAGAAUAUCACCAAUCAGCUGGAGGAGGCCGAGCUGAAGGCAUCGGCAGCCGUCAAGUCGGCCAGCAAUAUGGAGUCGCAGCUGACGGAAGCGCAGCAGCAGCUGGAGGAGGAGACACGCCAGAAACUGGGCCUCAGCUCCAAGCUGCGCCAGAUCGAGUCCGAGAAGGAGGCGCUGCAGGAGCAGCUCGAGGAGGAUGAGGAGGCCAAGCGUAACUUUGAGCGCAAGCUGGCCGAGGUCACCGGCCAGAUGCAGGAGAUCAAGAAGAAGGCUGAGGAGGAUGCCGACCUGGCCAAGGAGCUGGAGGAGGGCAAGAAGCGGCUCAACAAGGAGAUCGAGGUGUUGGAGCGACAGGUGAAGGAGCUGAUUGCCCAGAACGAUCGCCUGGACAAGAGCAAAAAGAAGAUCCAAUCGGAGCUGGAGGAUGCCACCAUCGAGCUGGAGACGCAACGCACGAAGGUGCUCGAGUUGGAGAAGAAGCAGAAGAACUUCGACAAGACCCUCGCCGAGGAGAAAGCCAUAUCAGAGCAGAUCGCCCAGGAACGCGACACUGCAGAGCGGGAGGCGCGCGAGAAGGAGACCAAGGUGCUGUCGGUGUCCCGCGAGCUGGACGAGGCCUUCGACAAGAUCGAAGAUCUCGAGAACAAGCGCAAGACACUCCAGAACGAGCUAGACGACCUGGCCAACUCCCAAGGCACCGCCGACAAGAACGUCCACGAGCUUGAGAAGGCCAAGCGCGCCCUGGAGUCGCAGCUGGCCGAGCUGAAAGCACAAAACGAGGAGCUCGAGGACGACCUCCAGCUGACGGAGGAUGCCAAGCUGCGUCUCGAGGUCAAUAUGCAGGCCCUGCGCUCCCAGUUUGAGCGCGACCUGCUGGCCAAGGAGGAGGGGGCGGAGGAGAAGCGGCGAGGACUGGUCAAGCAAUUGCGCGAUCUGGAAGCGGAGCUCGAUGAGGAGCGCAAGCAGCGAACGGCCGCCGUGGCAUCGAAGAAGAAGCUGGAGGGCGACCUCAAGGAGAUCGAGACCACGAUGGAGAUGCAUAACAAGGUGAAGGAGGAUGCCCUGAAGCACGCCAAGAAGCUGCAAGCACAAGUCAAGGAUGCGCUUCGCGCGCCGAGGAGGCCAAGGCGGCCAAGGAGGAGCUGCAGGCGCAGAGCAAGGAGGCCGAGCGCAAGGUCAAGGCCUUGGAGGCAGAAGUAUUACAGCUGACCGAGGAUUUGGCCAGCUCGGAGCGGGCCCGACGGGCGGCCGAAACGGAGCGCGACGAGCUUGCCGAGGAGAUUGCCAACAGUUCCAGCAA